ACACGCCCCGUUCAUCAGCUGUCACUUGUAAACAUUACCAGAUAAGACCAGACGAGGUAUAUUUUGUCGAAUUGAUGCCUCUGGUGACGCACUUUUGGCCAAUAUGAUGAUGGAACAAGUGUUAGAGAAGAAACUCAACGUCACGAGACAAUUAGAAAAGGAAACAAGUCAAGUCGUCACGCUGAAGGACAUCCUGUCACGUUCAGGACAAGUUGCUACCAAUGUGAGUGGAAUCCUUGACUCCUUCGAGCACCGUCUGGCACGCCUUGAGACAACCAUCCUUCCACUCUACCAACAGACAGGAAAUCUCCAAAGACGGCAGAGGAACACUGAGAAAACCCUGCAGGAACUCGACUAUGUGAUCAGUUUCUACAAUGUGGCAGGGCAAGUGGAAGGGACGGUGCGGGAGAGGCCAAGCAGCGUCGGUGUCCCACAGUACCUGGAGGCCAUGAACCGCUUGGCUGAAGCUUGUCGCUAUUUUGAGCAGAACAACCCACAAAGUGUUGAAAUUGAGAACGUGACUACCCUCUUUGAGGCUGGUACAGACGCCCUCAGCAAGGAAUUCCGAGAUGAGCUCAAGAAGUACCAGAAGCCAGUACCUCCUGUUGUCACACUUGAGCUCCUAGAUGAGGAAGAACUAAGUGAAGAUACCAUCACAACAACACCAGGAGCAGCGGGUGAAGACUGCCUUGAAGACAGCGACGUUGAGAUAUACCUGAACCAGGUUACUGCUCUUCAUCGCCUGGCCUUCGCAGAGCUCUUGUUGGCCCAGCAGCUUGUCCCAGCCGAUCGAGUUACUCGAACAUUUGAGCUGAUCCUGCGUGACCCCAUGGAUCAGUUGGUGGCUGAGGGAGAGAGCCUGGCAGGUCAAGCCCGUAGGAGUGUUGGCAGAGGUGACCACCAAGCUGUGCUGUCAGUCUUGGCAAUGCUGCGGCAUGUAACAAGCAUGCAACCUGAGUAUGACCGGCUGCUCACCAACUGCCAGACGUCCAUCCGCUCCAAGUUUGCCGCCAUUAUCAGCAUGCUUCAGGAGACGUGUGUUAAGGCUCUGGAAGGCUUUGUGGAGAGUGUCAAGAGUGAUGGGGAGCGCGCCCUGCCCAAGGACGGAACAGUCCAUGAGGUCACAAGCAAUGCGCUCAUCUUCACAGAACAGCUCCUGGAAUAUGCAUCGACCUUGUCCCCAAUGUUGCAGCGUGAUCAGAGCCUCAGUGCUGCUCUUGCUAACUUGCCUAGGGGCCUGGACCAGAAUCUACUGGCUAAGGCACUGCUUGGGGCUUAUAUCAAGCGUGUCCUUGUGAAUUUAGGUCUCGCUCUCGUCAGCCGAAGCGAGUCCUACAGCGACACAACCCUUCGUUCCAUCUUCCGACUCAACAACUACCACUAUAUUCUCAAGACGUUGCAGAACUCCGAGCUGUUGAACUUAGUUGCCUUGGUUGAACCCCAGUGCGACAAGAUGUACAAUGACCAGAUCAUGGAGCAGAAGAAGUUGUAUUCGCAGAGCUGGAGUAAAGUAUUACAUUACCUGAAUCAUGAGGAUGUCCCAUUAUCUGUAAUACAAGCUGGGAAGUUGCGAGACAAAGACCGACAGCUUAUUAAGGACAAGUUUUCAGGUUUCAACAAGGAGAUGGAAGAGAUGUGCCGAGUACAGCGCAGUUACUCCAUCCCGGACCGAGAACUGUGUGUCAGCCUCAAGAGAGAUAACAUGGAAUACAUUUUGCCAAAGUACCAGAUCUUCUAUGAUAAGUAUGUCAGUGUACCCUUCACCAAGAAUGCAGAGAAAUAUGUUAAGUACAGCCCAGCAGACGUGUCCACCAUGAUUGACAAAUUCUUUGAUGUGGCUGCGUAAAGGAGGUCUUGCCAGCGUGGUCUUCCCAACCCUGUUUUCUUCUGGAUAGGAGGAUAAAAGUGCUGCAUGCUGUGAUAAUGUUACAUAAUCUUUGAGGUUUUAGUGUAAUAGCUGGGUCCUUUUAUAAUAUUUAUUUUAUUUUUUGUUUUUCUCAAGUUUUAUAUUUAUUUAAUUUUCUGUCUUCUACUAAUAUUGGGGCCUUACAAAAAAUCAGUACAUUAUUCCAAGCCAGUUUAUUUGAACAACUUCAUGUUUCUCUAUUCAAGUGAACUGAUGUGGUUUAGUUUGUGUAUUACAAUAUGCUAUAUAAUCAUAGGGACUCAUAUAUAAAUAUUUCAUAAUUGGAAAAAUCUUGUGUGUUACAUUUGACUCACAUUCACACAUGAAAUGUCAUGGUUAUAGCCUUAGACAAUAGCAAUUUAGAGACACAUUUUUUUGCAUAACUUGAUGACAAAACCAGCGAAUAGGUUCUGAGAAAAUGACAUUUGUUACUAUUGUUAUUUAUUUGACAUUUAUGGAUAUUCCAAACUUCAAGGGCUGUAGCAUACUGUUAGGCUGGGUCCUCACUGGUAGCAAGCAAGUGUAGGAAAGGAAAGGUAGGAGCGAGUUGGCUAGUGUGUGUGUGUCCUCUCUCAGUAAUUUUGAUGAACCCAAAAGUUGAGUGAGAUAAGUUAAUGGUUUACUUUAAACCGUUGCUGGCCUGUGUCCACAGAGUUGCAAAACCUUCUUGCUUUACCCCAAGUACACCCAGAUGGCAGCUUUAACCCUUUGUGCAUGUGUAUAUGUACUGUCCACUGUGAAUUUUCUACCAAACAGAUGGCUCCAUAAGUGUUUAGCUGCAAGGAGAAUUAGUAUUCUAAUGUGACUUCAUUGUUUUCUCAUUCCUUCCAUCUUUUUUUAAGGUUAUUAAAGUGUAUACUGUUAUUAUCAUUUAAGUUAUGAAUACUGUAUUGCUUUAGAAAUAGUUUUAGUAUUAAUAAAUCAAAAUAAAUAUUUCCAAAAAUCAAGGAAAGUGCUAAGUCAGUAAGUCAGUGAAAUAGUAAUUGACUCCUAGGUGACAAAAUGCCUGUGGAACCAUCUGGUUGUAAAUGCUAUCAGUAACCUAAGAUCACGGUGGAUUUGGCCUGUAUGUCAUGCACAAAGCACAAAGGGUUCGUCUUAUGAUUAAUCAGCCGUAGUUGUUUGAAAGAAUUUAAUAAUGCCGAAUAAAGAAAUAUUAAUCCAAGUAUAAUUUCCCUUAAAUCCAUUAAUAUUUGAAAGUAGGAAACAGACUUUUUUUCUCUUCUUUGAUGUCAUCAGCAUUUUAUAGCUGGCAAACAACAAAUAUUUUACUCUUUAGAGAGGCCACAACAUGCAUUAUGAAGAAUUUUGCUUCAUUGCCCAAAGGACAGAACUUAACUAUAAAUGACUUUAUUAUAUUCCCAACUCAAUCUAUCAGUCAUCCUCAGUUGUACCAAUAGAUAGAACAUGUUUAUAUUAAAUAAAUGUUUUCCUUUUGCUAUGUAUAUUUAAAGUAUCCAGUAUUUUGAUAUUUAUAUUCUUUUAAUAAAGGUCUCAUAAUUCUGAAGAGUUAUAUACCAUGAUAAAAAAAUGACUUUUGGUUUGAUUUUGUGAUGUACAGUAUAGAUAGGUAUUGAAAUUCAAGAGAAAGAGAUAUACUGAAUAGAGAUAGAUAGAUAGUUAGAUACAUGUAUAAUGCAUAAUUUGCCUUUCCACCUCUUUACAGCAUUUAUUUGUCAAAUAAAAUUGUUGUACUGUGCAA